GCAUUGCCGGGGUAACCAUAACGACGGGACGCUCCUCGGUAGCGCUGCAAAUACACUCGCCCUUGGCAAUGUGCUGUAGUUAUCCUCCUACAAAUAACACAGAUAUCGAAAAUUAUGGAAUUUUAAUAAUAAUUACUAAUAUAAUGAAGUCAUCCUUGAAGUAACCACGACAUGAGUGAAGAGGUAGCACAAUCUAACAGUGGCCGCAAUUAUGCAUUCAUAUUUGGUGGAAGUUAUGAGGAAGAAGAGAGUCCUGCAAGCAGUAGUGCUGCCAGUGGACUAUAUGCAACCAAGAUAUAUGUACGUGACAUGGCUGCAUCUGUGAAGCAACAAGCAACUUUGAAAUUAGAAAAUUCAGCAAGAAUAAUACAAAGAGCAUGGAGAAGGCAUAUCGACAUGCAGCUGUUUAAGCAUUACAGGAAUAUGAUUAAUUUCAGAGGGAAAGGAAAUCCUAAAUUCAUGAUGAAAUGUAUUAACCCUAUUGAGGCAGACUUACUGGACAGUGCUGCUGGAGUUCAUGUGCGAUUCAGACUGGGGGGAGAAACAUUUCCUCCAGAAAUCUACUACAAAAUAUUCACGCACCGCCCGAUUGUGGAUUUGUGUGCAAACAGUCCUAAAGACUAUACCAAUCCUGCAGUGAAACAGAAAGUCCCCAGGCAAGUUCAUAACCAUGAUCUUGUCAAAACUCAAGAAGUUGAUCGUAGUGGAUGGUACAAACGAAUAGAGAAUAAUGAUUGGAGAAGUCUUUCAGACAAGUACCUUGGAACCACCACAGAUUACAUGCAGUUUGAGCCAACCAGAAAGACAACAGUAUUUCAUCAUUGCAUAGCCCAGAGACGACAAGAUGUCAUGAGAAGGCAAAAACAGAGGAAAAUUGAAUGGAUGAAAAAGAUGUACCGAGAGGGCAUUCUGCAGGCUCAAACACAGGAUCCAACUGCAGCUGUUUUAGUACAAAGAGCAACAGAGGGAGUAUUCAACAGUUUAGAACAACAUGGCCCGAAUGCAGUCCUAGACUGGGAAGUGGAUGAGCUGAUCGAAUGGACCAAUGCACUGAAUUUUGAAAAAUACUUAAUGGACUGGAUGGAAAUUGCAAGUAGCAAUUCUUCUGCGGUUUACUAAGACAAUCCUAUCCCUCAGAGAAUGGACUCGGCAGUCUUCUAUUUGUAAAGCUCAACAAAGCAUGAGGCAGUGCAUUGCUCAGUACAGCUGUUAACCAAGAAGAAAUCAAUUGAAGAAUCAUCAAAAAGCUGUUCCAAGUAUAAAUUUACUUUUGAAUAGUGAAAUCACCUAAAAUAACUUAUUUUCUUGGUUGAACAUUGAUAUAGCUGUGGUAUUAAAGAAUGACCAGGAAUUAUUUACCAUGUGCUCUUGUGUAUAAUUUGUCAUCAAUUUACUUUUGUCAAAAGGUCUGGCUUCAAGAAAUUGAGAAAUUGGCUUCCUUAAUGAAGUAGUAUAUGUUAUAUCAGUGCCUGUUGUAAUACUUGUUCAUUAUUACUUCAUGGUUGUUCUUCAAAAUAUUGCAAUGGAACUUAUGUGUGAAAUGAUUAAAGUAAAUAUAUAUUCU